AUGACAGAAUAUAAGAUCGGAACAAAGGUUAUCCACGCAGGUCAAGAACCAGAACCAACUACUGGUGCUGUUAUCACCCCAAUUUCAUUAUCAACUACUUUCCUCCAAUCAUCACCAGGUGUUCACAAGGGAUACGAUUACGCAAGAUCAGGUAAUCCAACUAGAGACGCACUUGAAAAGUGUUUGGCUGCAUGUGAGAAUGGCAAGUAUGGUUUGGCAUUUGCUAGUGGUUUGGCAUGUUUGACCACCAUCACCAACAGUUUGCAAGCCGGUGAUGAAGUCAUCUCUGUCGAUGACGUCUAUGGUGGCACACGUCGUUACUUUACUCGUGUUGCCAGCAACUUUAACUUGAAGUUCUCGUUUGUUGAUAUGGGUACAUUGGACGACUUGAAGGCCGCCUUUACCGACAAGACCAAGAUGGUAUGGCUCGAAACCCCAACCAACCCACUCCUCAAGGUAGCCGACAUCAAGGCUGUUGCCGACUAUGUACACAGCCGUGGAGCCUUCCUCGUCGUCGACAACACCUUUAUGUCACCAUACUUCCAAAACCCACUCGACCUCGGUGCCGACAUUGUCAUGCACUCUGUCACCAAAUACAUCAACGGUCACUCUGACGUUGUCAUGGGUUUCUUGGCCACCAACGACGAAGCUCUCUUUACCAAGCUCAAGUUCCUCCAAAACAGUAUCGGUGCCGUCCCAUCGCCAUUUGACUGUUUCCUUGCACUCCGUGGUGUCAAGACCCUCCAUAUCCGUAUGAAGGAACAUGAAAAGAACGCUUUUGCCGUCUGCAAGUUCCUCGAGUCGCACCCCAAGGUCGACCGUGUCAUCUAUCCAGGUCUUCCAUCUCAUCCACAACACGAAAUUUGCAAGCGUCAAAUGAAGGGUUUCGGUGGUAUGGUCGUCUUCUUUGUCAAGGGAGGUCUUGAAGAAUCAAAGAAGUUUUGGAAAAUAUUAAAAUCUUUGCUUUGGCCGAGUCACUUGGUGGUGUCGAAUCGUUGA